AUGGUUUGGCUUGCAGGCGGGGGAGUUUUCCUCUUUUAUAAAAAUAAUGUUUGUUAUGACCCUUAUGACUGUUGUUUAUUCAUUUUAUUUUAUUUUAUUCACGAUGGUUUUUUCUUUGCGCUGUUCAUGGUGGUCAUUAUAAACGCGUGUAUACAUACUAUUGUCGGCAGGGCGCAGCACGUAUUUGGCUUGAUAGCGGUUAGCAAAAAAAUGGAAGGUGGUGAUUGGAGGUGCCACAAACGUCGCUUGGAUUGGCUUUCGGGAUCAUUUUUUCCUUGA